AUGGCCCCAAAGGACGGGACAAUGCAUCCCAUAUGGGAUAACAUUGACAGGCAAAUGGGCCAGCUUUUUAUGAUGGGCUUUGACGGAACUACGGUGGACCAACAAAUACGCUCUCUCAUUGAAGAUUAUCACGUUGGAAACAUUUUGCUGAAUGCCAAAAACCUGAAAUCCGCCGAAGAAACAACCAAGCUCAUCCUAGAGCUGCAAACCAUCGCACGGGAUGCCGGUCAUCCCGUGCCGCUCAUGAUUGCGCUAGAUCAAGAGAAUGGCGGGGUCAACAGUCUUUUUGAUGAGAUCUAUAUCCGACAAUUCCCCAGCGCAAUGGGCAUCGCUGCAACCGGCUCUAAACAACUUGCGCGCGAAGUCGCCUCGGCCACCGCGCAGGAACUCAAAGCCGUCGGUGUCAAUUGGAUCAUGGGCCCAGUCUUGGAUGUCUUGACCAAUGUCCGCAAUCAGCCUCUCGGUGUGCGUACCAGCGGUGACGAUCCGCAAGAAGUCUCGCAAUAUGGUGUCGAGGUCAUGAAAGGAUACCAAGAAGCAGGUCUGGUCACCUGCGGUAAACACUUUCCCUCGUACGGCAACCUUGAGUUUAUCGGGUCAGAGGCCGAUGUCCCCGUCAUCAAGGAGUCGCUCGAACAACUCAGUCUGAGUGCUUUGGUCCCAUUUCGGAAUGCCAUUUCCAACGGUCUUGACGCAAUGAUGGUCGGUGGAGUUGCCAUGUCUUCUGCCGGAGUCAACGUCAUGCACGCCUGUCUCUCCGAGCAAGUGGUCGACGGCUUACUACGUAAAGACCUGAAGUUUGGCGGCGUGGUUGUGUCAGAGUGCCUUGAGAUGGAAGCCCUCACGCACAAUAUCGGCGUGGGCGGUGGUACAGUCAUGGCAAUGAAAGCUGGCUGUGAUUUGAUCCUUCUUUGCCGCUCGUACCCUAUUCAGCUAGAAGCUCUCAACGGUCUCAAAUUGGGGGUUGAAAACGGGAUGAUCAGCCGAACUCGAAUCCACCAGUCACUCAAACGCGUGCUCGCUAUGAAAUCACGCUGUACGUCGUGGGAGCAGGCACUAGGUCCCGGAGGGACAAAUACAUUAUCUAUGAUGCAACCAUCGCAUACGAGUCUGUCUACUCGUGCGUACGACAGCUCGAUUACCCUUGUUCGAGAUACGCAAACUCUACUUCCUCUCACUCAAAUCCUGGAGCCCGAUGAAGAGCUCCUUCUUUUGACCCCUCUAGUGAAGCCUCUCCCCGCUUCGGCAGUAUCACGGUCGAUUUUAGAUAACAUGGCUACAUCACCAGACUGGGACAAGAGUUCAACUGCAGGCAGUGGGGAAAAUGUGUUUCGGGAAUUUGGCAGAUCUCUUGCACGACAACGGUCAGGCCGUGUUCUUCAUACAUCUUACACAUCCACGGGAGUACGUCCCAUACAUGAGAGCCUGAUCGACCGUGUCAGUGCAGUCGUUGUGGUCACUGCAGACUCGAACCGGAACCUCUAUCAGCAUGGAUUCACAAAACACGUUUCAAUGAUUUGUAAAUCGCAAUAUUCGCAAACCGGUGAGCGAUAUGAAAAGCCUGUCGUUGUUGUGUCAGUCAGUUCUCCAUACGAUUUUGCCACAGACCCGGCGAUUGGUACAUACAUUUGUACCUAUGACUUCACCGAGACGGCGCUACAAGCGUUGGUCAAGGUGUUAUUCGGGGAUCUGUCUCCGACUGGGGCUCUGCCAGGGACUAUUAGCCGAAGCCAGAAACUAAAUCAGUCUCGCCAACACUGGCUGGUCGAGUCGUGGAACGAAGAGCGAGACGCAGAAGCUCUCGAUGCCCUGUUGGAUGCUUUGAGAGAGAAUGGCUCUCAUGGAGAACUUGCCAGUGUAUCAUCUAGCAGUUUUCUGCUUCGAAGUGACGAUGUUGAGGAAGCUCAUUUCGUUGUGCGUAACAGCACGACUCAUGCUCUUUACGGCUUCUGUUCGUCGUACUUUUUCAGGUCAACGGGAACUGCAGUUAUCGGGUCGAUCAUUGUGGAACCAACACGGCGGAAACUAUCUAUUGGACACUCUCUACACAACCGAGCUAUCCAAACUCUUCUUCAUAGGACUGGUGUCCGGCGGUUCCAGUUAGGUUCACGCCUACCCAGUGUAUAUCUAGGCAUUCCCACUGCCAACCCGGUCGAGCGUAAGAGAUUACGGCAAUGGUUUGCUCAGCUUGGGUGGAACACGGCGCUGUCUCGACCAGUCUGCACUGUCAUGUUACGGCCGCUUUCGACCUGGGUAGCCCCCGAAGGUCUUACGAAGAGCUUACAAACAGCAGAAAUCGACUACGACCUGGUUUAUGGAUGGGAAUACGCAGAUUCGAUUAUUGACCACGUCAAGACAAGCUCUCGCCAGGGAGUGAUGGAAAUCUACAAACUUGCAUUGAACGGAGCACCGCAUUCAGGCAUUAUUCGCGCUAAAAGGCCCGAUGACGGUGCCAUUUUGGGCAGUGUUGUGAUUUACAAUAACCAGUCGGUGAUUGCAGAGUAUGUACCAGCUCUGAAAGAGGCAAAUGUUGUCGGUGGCGGCGUCUCGUCGCCUGUGAUUUCGCCCUCGGUUGGCGAGUAUGCUACAUUGAUGCAAGGGUUGAUUCUUCUCGGAAUCCGACAAGUCCGCAAAUCAGGUGCGGACGCGGUGAUUUUGGAUUGUGUUGACGGCGAUGGCAACUUUGACAGUUUAUCGGCAAUGGGAUUCUCGGUGCUCCACACUUUUGAGGAAGUCACUUGCGAUGCUACGACCUGGAAGAUGAUGCAAGCUGCGUAG